AUGUUCCUCGUCGGUUUGCUGAUCGCUGGAGCCGUGUUCUUUUUCCUGCUACGCCGUCAGAAGCAGAGAAGAUACAAUCCCACACCAAAUCAUCUACCACCUUCCGCUCACAACUAUGGCGCUGCUGGGCAAGUGGAGAAAGGCCCGACUGUCGCUACCAGCGCUUAUGCUUCAAACAUCGACGAUAUGCUACCUCAGCCUGUAGCAGAUGAUACCAUCACAGAUGCAGCCUUGAAGAUACGGGACAGCAUCAAGAACCACGUUCGAGAGUUUUACCAUGUUUCUCCCGUUCCGGCAGGCAGUAUCAACCAGGCAAAUAUGAAAGAGCUGGCGAUCGCAACUGGCACAAGCUCUUCCGUACUUGCAAGUAUGCUCUCGAAUAUCUCAACCCGAGCCGAAACGCUUCGCCUCAUUGUAGCCUGGAGUGUGCUCUCGAGAUGCACCGGAGAACGCGUUGAGAGCUUGCUUCCGGGAGAGCUUGCACCUCUCGCUUCAGCCGUUCCUGGAAAGGACGGCAAGAAUGCCGCCCAAUCAGCCAUGUACAGCAAAUGGAAGACCAUAACCGGUGCUCUCCUGCAUGGUCGAGUUGGUCAGGACACGCAAGACCGACUCCGCAGAUUCGCCAGUGCGGCUACAGACCUGGACGCCAUCGUGGCGCCCUUCGUGCAGCGUGGCUUGGAAACUCAGCGCAGCAAAAAUUUGGACAUGAUUCUUGCGCGGUCGGCAAACUUCGCGUUUCUGCUGUUUGAACAGCCCGGAGUCUUCCGUUUCGGGUUUUCUAGCGAACAUGGGGGGUUGACAAUGUUCCCAGCAUUGCUACAGAUAAUCGGAGACCAGGGGCAGGUGCUGGUGCCGUCACGCGUGUUGCUGGAAAAGGAGAUUGCGGCAUGA